GUCAAAGGUUCCCCCCACCUGUUCUGGUUCCUGCAUUGGAGGCGAGAACCGGCUGCUAAUGGUCGAGCUGCUUUUCCUUGGCAGCUUGGAUUUCUCAAGGAGCAGUGUCUUUACUCAUCAGUAUUGUGCCACACCGCCUCUGGGUCAGUUAUGAGCGAAGAUGUGGCCCGGGCGGUUGAAUUGCUGGAGCGGCUGCAGCGCAGCGGGGAGGUGCCCCCUCAGAAACUGCAAGCCCUUCAGAGGGUGCUACAGAGCAAAUUCUGCUCUGCCAUAAGGGAGGUCUAUGAGCAACUGUAUGACACACUGGAUAUCACGGGGAGUCCUGAAAUUCGAGCGCAUGCCACAGCUAAGGCGACGGUGGCUGCCUUUGCAGCUAGUGAGGGCCAUGCACACCCGCGGGUGGUGGAGCUGCCCAAGACGGACGAAGGCCUGGGCUUCAACAUAAUGGGGGGCAAGGAGCAGAACUCUCCCAUCUACAUUUCCCGCAUCAUCCCCGGGGGCGUGGCUGACCGCCACGGUGGGCUCAAGCGUGGAGAUCAGUUGCUAUCGGUCAAUGGCGUGAGUGUGGAGGGUGAGCAACAUGAACGGGCGGUGGAGCUUCUGAAAGCAGCACAGGGUACCGUGAAGCUGGUUGUACGCUACACACCCAAAGUACUUGAAGAAAUGGAGGCACGCUUUGAGAAAAUGCGGACGGCGCGGCGCCGGCAGCAGCACAACAGCUACUCCUCCUCUGACAGCUGCCCCAUCAGGGUGUGAAGACAAGAAAUGGAGGCAAGGGAAUGUGCUGGGGUGCAUCUUUAUCCUCUAACCAGCAGGUGGAGCACUUAAUGUACUGUGCAGAACUCUGGUCAGGAUUUGUGAAAAAGUUACCUUGAAGUGGAUUUUUGGGUGAUGGGGGAUCGAACUGCUUAAUAACAAUUAGGGAAUGCCAAUUUAAAAUUCCAUGGCUCCCCUGCUUAAUUUUGGUGGUUUGACCCAGCAGUUAGCCACAGAUGGGAGUUUGGUGUGUCUAGUCUUGUAACCCUUUCAGAUCUAAAAGCCAUUCCUUUUUAGCUGAUCAGUGCUGAGCUGAAGCCAUCCUGGCCUGAGUGAGUUGCAGAAGCCCCCCACGGAACUUAAUGUGGGUCAGUUUUUCACCUGCUACUGUGAGUGCUUAGAAAAACCCUACUACUUGCAGUGGCAUUCAAAAAGUCAAGCCAAAGAAUUCUAGGCAGAAGGUAGCCAUGGGUGUACAUCUGCAUAGAUUGAUUGAAAUCUGCCACUUUUAUGUGGUGAUAGGGGGCAACAUGGGAAGUGAUCCCAUAGCUCAGUGGUGGUUGAGCACAUGCUUUGCAUGUAGAAGGCCCAGGUUCAGUCCCUGGCAUUUGCAGCUGAAAGGAUCAGAUGAUAUCUGAGACAUUGGAGAGCCACUGCCAGUCAGAAGAGACCACUCUGGGCUACAUUAGGGAUGGGGAACCUGUAGGGUUGCCCUCCAGAUCUUGGUGGACUUCAGUUCCUAUCAGCCCCAGCCAGCAUGGCCAAUGGUCAGGGAUGAUGGGAGUUGUAGUCCAGAGCCACAGCUUGGACUGGAUGGCUAAAUAAUCUCUGACCUGAUGUUAGGCAGCGUAACGGAAAAUGAAAUAAGUAUUAGAGAAAACUACAGCUUGAUGGUGGAGCACAUGCUGUGUGUGCAGAAGGUCCCAGGUUCAGUCCCUGACACCCCCCAAUAUUUUUUUUAAAGGAGCCAGGUAUCAGCUGCUGGGAAAGACCUUCUGCCUAGAGGGCUGCUGCCUGCUAGAGUAGACAACACUGGAGUAGAUGAAUAGUCUGGUUUGGGUAUGGCAGCUUCCUAAUUUAAAAUAUAUAUCGGAGGAAACUGUUCAAACCUAAUCUUUCACUUAAUCCCAAGAGGACUGCAGUGUGCAAAAAUAAAGAUCAAAAACACUUCACAGUGAAUACAUGCCAUUUUCAAAUCAACCUGGUUGUAUUUAUGUUGGAAAAAAGGUAUUUAAUGUUAAAAAGUAAAUAGGUAAAUCAUAUAUAUUAUUCUGAAUGUUGGAAUGCAAUAAAAUACCAUACCAAAGGCAUGUCAGUCUUCUUAUACUUUAUCAGGACUAGAUUGAUUUGAAUAUGGUGUUACUUAUUUGUGAAAUCUUUUGGAUCCAUGCUUUGUAUACAGUCAUUCCCCCAAUUUUAAGUCUGCACUAUUUUCUCUGGGAAUGUGCCUCGUUUCCAGGUGUACUUUUUCUCCACAGAAUUGGGGCCAUCCCAGUGCAUGUGUGUGUGCGCACGCAUACAUGCGCGCGUGCUCAGUGUAUGCACUGAGGGCCAAGCUAGAUUUGACAUGCUGGUUUUUUACAAUGCAGGUUGCAUCAGCUUGCAGGGGGUGAGGAGAAGGAUGCUGAUAAUUAACAGCAUAGAGAAGGAGUUCCUCCCAUAUUGCAGUCCUGGGGAAAAUCUUUCUUCUGGUAUUUGCUUUUGGAGGAAAUGCCGGAUUGGUGUUUUAUUACCCCAUUCCAAAAAAAGGCAUAUUCAUGAGGGAUUUUCCUCAGGACUGUAGGAUGGAAGGAAAGGGUUAUGUUUUCCUCCUACAUGUGCUUUGAGCCUGUUAAUUAUCAGCCCCUUCCCUUACAUACAAGCACAUUUGCACUUUUAAAAAAUGCUGGAGGCUUUUAACUUCAGGUCUAGUUUGGCUCUGAGAGGGGGUCAUGAAAAAACAUUGGCUUCGCUCCUUAAAAAUUAACUCACUCAAAAUAUUCAGCUUGUGUUUACUAAUGUUCACAGCCUCUGCAGGCAUUAUUAAAAGUAAAGGAUCUGAGCUGCUUUAGCUGUGUGCCCUCCCCAGGCCCAGUCUGCUCAAGGGGAUUUUUUGACUCCGUACUUCCAUCUUUGACAAGCAGAUUCCUGUACCUUGUUGCAGGCUGCUUUUAACACUCUCCCCCCCCCUUUAAAAAAGCAGCUUGCACCAUUGGAGGCUGAUGCUUAUGAGAGAAAUGCAAGACCCAAAGCCCCCUUGGUUCUGUGGCUCUUUCGAUCACUGAAAUGGCCCAGAAUGCUCUGGCACAGUCAAGAGCAGGGGUGGCUCAGCUAUGGCCCUCCAGAUGUUGAUGGACCCCAACUUUCAUCAGCCCCAGACAGCAUGGCCAAUACUCAGGAUGAUGGGAGUUGUAGUCCAACAAAUACCUGAAGGGCUGCAGAUUUGCCACCCCCGGGUUAGAUGGACCAAAUAGCUUGCCUGUGAUGGGAUCUCUAAUAAUAUGAUGGUGUUGGGGAGCACUGUAAUGAUCCCACCAGCUGGCUGUACCUGUGAUACUCUCGCCAGGGCCACCACCUGUCAGGAUCUCUGUUUUUAUUUGUUCUCUCACGUGUUCUAGCACAGAUCUCGCAAGACCCCACUGCUAGGCAGCACUACCAGCCACUUCCUGUAAACAAUACUGCCUGAGACUUCGCCUUUAGUCUCCUUCUGGCUUCUUACUAUGUGUUUGAGUGCCCUUGCCGUCCACAACCCCCCUGUACUUUGUCUAUAAAGUAUACAGCCCUGGGUUGCUCUAUAUGCUUGACGAUGUUACAAUAUCUCUCUCUUCACCGCUGCCACCAUUUAUUUGAUACAGUUUCCCUCCAGCCUUGGUAAUUACCCUGCCCUCCCUUCUGGUCUGUGUAUCCCCAGCCAAGGAUCAGGCUUUUGGUAAACCAAUAAAGGUAUUUAUUUGAUAACACCAGGAAAUAACAAGAUUACUUUAGGAACGUUCAACAAGCGUAUGGUUUCAUAUAGUGCCACUCUUUAUGUUUCCAGUCUUAUAUAUUCUGCCUAAAUACCAGCCAAAUAUAAUCCAAACCUCCCUCAGAACUCUGCCAAUCACUCCUCUCAACAACUCCCCCCUCUCACUCAGUCACUUACCAUAUAUCACUUAAUAAACCCGCACUUACCAUAUUUACAGAUAUUAAAAUACAGGGACAUCACAAGCACAUACAACACUUUGCUAUUACUCUGCCUGGAGUGGGAUACAAAAUCUUCCUGGCACUGUCAACCCCACUCCUUUCAUUGGACAAAAGGCUAACAGCUGAUUAACUCUGUUUAGGGAGAUCUGGCUUUCUUUGGUAGAACCCACACUUCAGUGAACUUUCUGCCUAUUACUUGGCCCCCAUGGAUGUUACCUAAUUAUACCACUAACAGGUCACAAGUUGAUCAGGGUUGAGAGGGAAGAAUACUGCAGAACUCUUGUGUAAGCUGUUCCAAACUUUCUGAAAGAAGAAUGUGACAUAAGUGUAAUACAUCAAUAAACUAAUAUAGCACAAUGUUUGAGAAGCCUCCCUUCAUAAACCACAUUACAGUGUUUUUGCAUCCCCCCAUCCCGUGCUCUUUCACAUGAAUGUGGGGAUCAAGCAGGUGUUUGAACCUCAAUUGGAGAAUGAUGUAUGUACCAAACUUCAUGCUGGUCUCACAGUGCUCAAUGUGUUCAUUAAAUCAAGGGCCUUGCUUCUCACUAUCAAUAGUACGUGAUGAUGCUUAUUGUGCACAAAUAGGACAAACGCUGCAAAGUUUGAUUCUGAAGCGGGCUAGAUGAAAUAUUGGUCUGAUUUGAUUCCUCAAAAGGCACUCUGUCUCUAGUUUGUUUACAUAAGUAUAUAUUGACUUUCAUACAACACCCAAAGGUGAACCGCAACCAAAGAUAAUACAAUAAGUUACACAAGCUAAAACAUUAAAACAGUACAAAUCUUAAAAUACAGCAUCAAGCCCAGGGCAAAUUAACGUAAUGCAACGUCUGGGAUUAAACA